GCCCGCCUGCCCCUGUCUCAGGAGCGGGCUCCCCAGCCAGCCCGAGCCGCGGCCAUGCAGAGGGUGCUGGGGGCCGGGCCGCUGCACGGGGAGGCGCUGACGACGGCUGGGCGGAGCGGGCGGGCCGGGCUCAGGCUCCUAGCGGAGGCGGGCCGCCGUAAGGCCGCGUUACUAUGGCAGCCAGUGAGCGGCGGCGGGGCUCCGCCAACCGGAAGUGACGCCCCGGAAGGCGGAAGUGGCGGGGAAGGCGGCCGCGCUCUCGGGCGGCGCAGGGGGAAGCACGUGGCGGCCGCGGCCCAGGCCGGCCUCGACGCGCCCGGGCUCCUGCCCAUGGUGGAGACGUUCUGCACGCGGGCCAUGCGCGUGGCCGAGGAUGACCUGGUGCAGCAGCUCCGCAGCUCGCGGCCCGAGACCGAGAAGCGGCAGUGGGUGCACGGCAUCCUGGAAACCAUCCAGCGCUGCAGCCACGUCCUGGAGGUCUCCAUCCCCGUGAAGCGGGACACCGGCCACUGGGAGGUGGUCGAGGGCUGGCGGGCCCAGCACAGCCAGCACCUCCUGCCCUGCAAAGGGGGGGUUCGGUUUUGUGAGUCAAUUAGCAUUGAUGAUGUAAAAGCCCUGGCAGCCUUAAUGACCUACAAAUGUGCUGUGGUGGAUGUUCCCUUUGGUGGUGCCAUGGCUGGCGUGAAGAUUGAUCCAAAGAAGUAUUCAGAAGGUGAGCUGGAGAAAAUAACAAGGCAGUUUACGAUUGAAAUGGCCAAGAAGGGAUUUAUAGGGCCUGGAACUGAUGUUGCUGCUCCUGACAUAAAUACAGGGGAAAGGGAGAUGUCCUGGAUUGCUGACACCUACUCCCACACUCUCGGGUACAAGGAUAUCAAUGCCCAUGCCUGUGUGACAGGGAAGCCUAUUAGUCAGGGAGGAAUCCAUGGGAGAGUCCCUGCCACAGGCCGUGGUCUGUUGCGUGGGAUUGAGAACUACAUCAACACCACUCUCUAUAUGAACCUCAUUGGCCUAAGCCCCGGUUUCCCUGGCAAGACCUUUGUGUUGCAGGGCUUUGGCAACACGGGCCUGCACACCAUGAGGUACCUGCACCGCUAUGGAGCAUGCUGUGUGUGUGUCGGGGAGGUGGAUGGCGCUAUUUACAAUUCCAGCGGGAUCCAUCCCAAGGAACUAGAAGACUAUAAGAAGGAACAUGGCACCAUAGUUGGCUUUCCCAAAGCAGAGCCUUAUGAUGGCAGCGUCCUCGAAGUACCUUGUGACAUCCUCAUCCCAGCUGCUAUCGAGAAGCAGCUCACGAAAGAUAACGCGCAUCGGGUCCAAGCCAAGAUUAUCGCCGAAGCUGCCAACGGCCCCACGACACCAGCGGCCCAUGAGAUCUUCUUGCAGAGAAAUAUCCUCGUCAUCCCGGACCUGUAUGUGAACGCGGGCGGCGUGACGGUUUCCUUCUUCGAGUGGCUGAAGAACCUGAACCACGUGAGCUAUGGCCGCCUGACCUUCAAGUACGAGUGGGACUCCAACUACCACCUGCUGAUGUCUGUCCAGCAGAGCCUGGAGCGGACCCUUGGGAAGGGCAGCGGCGAGAUCCCCAUCGUCCCCUCCCCGGAGUUCCAGGCCAGGGUGGCAGGGGCCUCCGAGAAGGAUAUCGUGCACUCGGGUCUGGCCUACACUAUGGACCGCUCGGCCCAGCAAAUCAUGAACAUGGCCACGAGGUACAACCUGGGCUUGGACCAGAGAACCGCUGCCUACCUAUGCGCCAUCGAGAAGGUGUUCAGGGUGUACAAUGAAGCUGGGUUCGCAUACUGACAUGAGCUGUCCCCUGGCCUUGGCUCUCCCUCCCCAGGCUAAGGGCACAGCUGCCGAAAAGCUCCCGGAAAGAGACUCUCGGGGGGCGGGGGGAGAGAAGGAGAAGUGCUGGUGGUGGGGGUCAGGGCAUGUUUGUCCCUGUGGCUCCAACCUCAGCCCUCCUGCGUUGCAGAGGGAGCCGCUGCCGAGGCUGCGUUGGGGUCACCUAGUUCUGCGAGUGCCACCAUGCAUUGUCUCUCCAUAAACCAUUUACUGGGAGCACUUAGGCGGGUUUGUUUUGCCCGAUGGCAAAUAUGAAAAAAAAACAGAUGUUGAAAAUAGAAAACCUCAAUACUGAUGUAAACAAAGAGGAAGGUUCCAGCCCGUGGGCUCAGCACCAGUAUGUAGAUAGACCGGACCCGCUGUCAUCCUGCAGCCAUAGGAGGAGGUCCUGGCUCUAGAGAAUGAGUAUCCCCCUAACAUGCAGAGCUACCAGAGCACAAGGUUAAGGACCAGCAGUAACUCUGAGUUUAGAGCCACGCUUUAUAGUGCCAACCCUGGACUCCUUAACAGUGCGUUGUCCGCCGUAUGUGCCCUGAGUGUUGAUUCUAGACAGACCUAGCCACCGUAUGGUCCAGUGUAACUUCAGCAGUUAAAGUACUCUUGGAAGUGCUGGCAUAGCUCAGGGUUUGCUGUCUUUCCUCCCUCUUUCACUGCUCUUCUGGAGAGAGAACUUUUCACACAAGUUUCUUUUCACUUUUUCCCAAAAUUUCCAAUUUUUCCAGACUGGGCCUUAGAAAAACCCCUGUGUUUUUCUGGGACAUUUCCAUCUUUUCCCCUGGACCGCGCCUUCUCUAGUCUUGUCCCCCUGAGAGCAGGUGCCCCUUGGGUGGGAAAAGGGUCCAUCUGAUUUUGGUAACCCCUGGGUGCCAGAACUGCCUGGCCCCAUGGCUGCUGAGUGGGUGUGUUGGCUGCAGGGCUGCAGGGAUCUGGUAAGGGCUCCGGGUGGCUCCUGCACAUGGAACCAACGUGCAGAGUCUGGCUGCUGCCUGUGUCCACCGUUGGCUGCUGGCAGGGCUUUCCCCCGGGGCCCUGUCUGCGUUCCAGGGCAGAGGGAGCCCGUUCUUGCUCUGUGGCGGGAGCUGGGGCCCAGGGCGCUGCGGGGAGCUCUGCAGGCUGGCAGAAAUGCUGCAGAGGGGAUUGCAAGGCAGCAGCAAACCAGUUGUGAGGUGGGGCUGUGGGCUGGUGCCCCUUCCCUUCUGUGCUGGGGAAGGUGACCAGCAGGCCUGGCUUGGGGGAUGUAACUUGGGUGGGGGACCCAAGAGCGGUGGCCUCCAUUGAAGUGCGAGUGCGGGCUCAUUGUCCCCACCUAGGCGGGUUGCCCUGGGUUCCCCGUUUUCACAGCCUCACCCUUUCUCGGGGCUGCGCCCUGCCCUCGGGGCUGGCUGGCGUUUGCUGAGUUGGGGAUGACGAGGGCCCAGAGCAGCGACCCCCGCAGGCAGGAGCUCUGAGCCGUGCGAGGGCCACGUGUGCCUCUUGCGAAGGCCCCAGCUUGAAUUGUGGGUGUGAAGGCACUAUCCUGUUCCUAGGUGUGGACCAUAAAGGCUGCCCAGGAGUGAGAGAAGGGCCCCACCUCUGCUCCUUGUGCCUGGUGUGUUACGGCGUGUUCCUUGGGGCCCAGACCACGCAGGGUUAAGGGGGGUCCCCCCUCACACGCAGCCUGUGGAGACGUACUCUUGGCACCUGGCCCCCUUGUCUGGGCACCUGCCCAGAUGGCAGUGGGGUGCCGACCUCUGCAGCUUGCUGAACCCCCACCUCCUGCAUCAGCAUGUCCCCCCCUCUCCUGUGCCUGCGUCAUGGCCUGGCAGGUGGGGUCCUGGGCAGCCCGCACCAGCCCUGAAAACCCCCUGACGGCCUCGCAGCAUUCUUCUGGCCAGACCCCAUCGCCCUUGUGUCUAUCCACGGCCCCCUCUCCCUGAGCCCUUCAGGAGCAUGUAACCCAGCUACGGGGCAGCGGCAGGGCCUAGGGGCACCAGGACUCCUGGGUUCUUGGCCUGGGUUGCUGCCGGAUGCUCAGCAUGUCACUGCAUAGCCUCAUGCCUGCUUCUUCCCCCCCACAUUAUGUAGGCGAGUCAGGCCACCUGCUUCCUGGGGCUAUGCACUGUGGGGCUCCAUGCACUUACAGCCCUUGGGGCUGGGGUCCCAGGCAGCCUGUCCCCGGACCUGUGAGAGCUGGGCCACGUGGUGAGGGGCCCAGAGCCAGCCCCCCACAGUGUGCACCUGGCCAGGCCCUUCCCCAUAGAGCAGCUGCCCAUGGGGCCUCAUGUUGAGCCAGGUCCAGCCCGUCCCCAUGCACCAGCCAUGGGCUCUUCUGAGAGCUGGAGCAAGGUGCCUGGGAGGGGAGAUCCCUGUGGGUGAGCUGAGGGGACCCUGCAGGGUGCUGACUGUAUGCACCUGGGGGCUGCUGGGGGACAAAGACACCCUGCAGCAUGAGGUAGAGGCUGGGACUGGCUCUGGGGCCUCUGAGGCACGCUCCCCCUGCCCCUCAGGGAAGAGGCCCAGGUGAGCGUGUCCCCUAGGAGCUGGGCUCAGCAUGGUGAUUUGCCCGCUGGCCUGGGGCAGGGGCUUAGCUCAGAAGCCCCUGGCUGGAGGCGAGUGCCUGGCAACCCUUGUGGGGUGUGACCCCAUGCCCAGCCCUGUGGGUUACACACCAUGACCCUGCCCCAGGAACAACAGACCCGCACCAGCAGCUACAGACGAGAGCUGGCUUUAUUCACGGACGGGGCAGCUGUGUCACUGGCAGCUGCCCCGAAUCGCACACGCAGGACGGGGGGGGGGGG